AUGGCCCGAUCACUCGCAGAAGACAAUGCGGUGCCAAGCGGCUGGCGAACAAGACAGCCCGGAUUCGCAAUCUGGAUCCCCAUCGCUCUAUUACGAGGUGCCUUCCAAGGUCUCUUUUACAGUCUCUACUAUAUACCACGGUCCCGUCGACAAGACCCAAACUGGACAUACCGCCAAGCAUGCAUGACCCGCCUCUUAGAGCGGGGAUUCCAAAUCGUCACCGAGCUAGGUUUCACACAAUCUUUAAGUCUUGAGGCGGGAGAACUCGGCGAAAGAUGGGUGACCAUUGAUCCUGCGCCUGCAUCUGUAUAUUCUGGCUCCUUCACCAGCGAUAAUAUCCAGCCCGCCACGGUCGGCGGAACAUGGUAUCCCGAGCUCCCGUCGAAAGAAUCCUUACUAGACGAGCAGGGACUCGUCGUAUUAUCCUUUCACUCUGGCUCACUCCUCUGGCUUACUGGAAGACCGCAGGACUCGGGACCAGCAGCUACACUUCUAAAUAAUAAACUGGGCAACAAUACUCGCUCUUUCUGGCUACAGUACCGUCUUGCAGGAGGGAAUGAUCCAACACCAUACCCCGGCGCAAUGCAGGAUGCGAUAACAUCAUAUAUUUACCUCGUGAAAGAUAUGGGAAUAUCGCCGUCCCGAAUCGUUUUGGCAGGCGACUCUACAGGCUCAACGAUCGCAGUCGCACUUCUACGGUACCUCGUCUCUAUAAAAGAUAUACCAGAUCAUCAGCUCGCUUCAUACCCGCCUCCAAAAGCAUGUUUGCUCUUCUCACCAUCGCUCGAGUAUAGUUUUGAGGGUGAUACCGAUGCAGUGGAGGCACACAGGAAUAUCAAGACAGAUUACUGUUUCGGGAGUAUGAUGGCAUGGGGUGCGAGAGCGAUCGCGCCGCCUGAGACCGUAAGACUUGAUGAUCCGUUUUUGUCGCCGGCUUUGCAUCCGUUUGUUACUCCUGUUCCGAUCUUUGUGCAGGCUGGAGGAGCGGAGGUUCUAUGUGAUAGCGUGAGGGGGUUUGCGACUGCGAUGAGUAGAUUGGGUAAUCGGGUUGAGUAUCUUGAGGUGCCGGGUGUGCCGCAUGAUAUUUACGUUGUUGGGACUAUGUUGGGAUGGCCUAGGGAGCAGGUUGAGAUUCAUGAGGCUGCUGCAAAGUUUGUGUCACAAUUAGAUGUUGGUCUUUGCAUACCUGACGUAGCUAAGUAG